AUGCAGCUCUCUGUGCUCUUGAGCGCACUUGUAUCUUCCAUCAUUCUUGCUGCUGCGUUGCCUGUGCCAGGAGCCAACUUGAACUGUUUCUGUGAGCCAGAGGGCUUUGACCAUUUCUCCAUAAGAGAGACUAUGGCGUCCCAGCUCCCGUUGGGUUAUGAUCAGCCCGUCAAGAAAUAUCAGCUCUCGACGGGUCUUGAUGAUUAUGAUCAGCCCGACAAGAGACGUCAGCUCCGGAUGGGUUUUGAUGAUUAUGAUCGUCUUCUCAUGCGAGAGAUUAUGGCGUUCCAGCACCAGUUGGAUUAUGAUCAGCGCGACAAGAAACGUCGGCUCUGGGCGGGUCGUGAUGCUUAUGACCAUGGUCGAUCAGAAACGUCAGCUCCAGUCGAGUCUUGUUAA